CGAGUCGGCGACGCUGGUGGCGCGGGGCCUCACGCCCGAGACGACGGAGGCCGCCGUCGAAGUCCGUCCAUGCGUACCCGCCAGAGCCCGCGCGCGCCGCUCACCCCCGUCGCGCUGCAGGCCGCGCUCCGCGCCUUCGCGCCGCGCCACGUCCGCGUGAUGCGCGACGCGAGCCGCGCGCCCUACUGCUUCGUCGACUUCCCGGACGCCGCGGCGGCGAAGCGGGCGAUGGACGCGUUCGGCGGGAGCGCACGCGGCGCGGCGCCGCGUCCCCCGGCACGAGCCGGCGCCGCCGUCGACGCGGCGCCCCCCCCCCCGCGCAGGCGGCCCCGGCGCGCGGCUGGUGGUCCUCGGCGCGGCGCUGACGCUCGAGUUCGGGCGGCGGCGGACGCAGGUGUCCUCGGCGACGGACUGGCUGUGCGAGCGGUGCAACGCCGUGAACUUCGCGCGGCGGAGCCGCUGCUACCAGUGCCAGGACCCGAAGCCGGCGCGGCCGCGCGUCGUCGGCGACCGCGAGGGCACGUCGCUCCUGACGGCGGCGUCCGUGAGCACGGUGCGCGAGGGCAUGUACGACUGCGCCGAGCCGACGCCGACCCUCGUGCUCUACGGCCUGAGCCAGUACUCGGGCGAGGCCGAGGUCGCGGCGAGCAUGCGGCAGUACGCGCCCGUGCGCCGCGUCGAGCUCGUGCGCGACCGCGCCGGCCAGACGCGCGGCGUGGCCUUCGUGCACUUCGCGGGCGUCGAGCCGGCGCAGCACGUCCUGCGGGCCAUCGCGGCGCGCGGCGGCGCCUGCGACGUCGACGGCGCGCGCUGCCGCGCCGCGUUCACGCGCGGCCUCCCGCGCGAGCGCGAGGCCGACGAGGCCGGCCUCGUCGCCGAGCGCGCGCCGGCGCCGGCGGGGGGGCCGAAGUGGCCGCCGCCGUUCCACGGCGGCGCGGGCGGCUGGCGCUUCGACGCGGCCUCGGGCUCGUUCUACGAGCCCGCGUCGGGCUUCUACUUCGACCCGAAGCAGAAGGUCUACGCCGCCGCGCGGACGGGGAAGCGCUUCCGCCACGCGCCCGGCCGCGACCCGCCGUUCCUCGAGCUCCCGCCCGCCGCGGCGCCCGCGCCCGCGGCCCGCGCGCCCGCGCCCGCGCCGCCCGCGCCGCCGCCGCCGCCGCCGCCGCCGGCGCCCCUCGUCGCGGGCCCGGUCUCGAUCAGCCUCGGCGCGGCGCCCGCCGCGCGGCCCGCCGCGCGCGCGGCGCCCGCCGCGCCCGCGGUCGCGACGUCGCACCUCCUCGCGGUCGGCUUCGACGGCGACCAGCUCGACCGGAUCCUCUACGGCGGCGCGCCGCUCGUGAAGACGCGCGCGGACGGCAAGCUCGUGUGCCGCGUCUCGGCGCGCAUGUUCCCCGACCGGGCGGCGCUGCGGAAGCACGUCGCGAAGUCGAAGCUGUACCGCGCGGCCUACGAGAAGGCGUGCCGCGAGGGCCGGAUCAGUCUGGCGUAGUAGGAAGACUGUGUAAGCACCGUUGGUCGCGGGCAUGAACUGUUCUCAUGUUACGGUGCUAGGACUAGUGGGCGGAGCCCCUGGGCCCAUGGGGGGGAGACACCGCGCGUCGCCGAUUCAUCGGCGGCGGGCGCGUGCCGCUUCUUUCAUAACAGCGUACCUCCUUCUAAGCAGAACCGCCUCGGCAAACCCCCCCGAACAAUGUGCAACGUUCGCCCGUUCAAUCAACUUGUCCCGCGACUUCCCGCAGGCGACCUGGAACUACCGAGAGAGAGAGUCGCUUAUUGAACCCACCCCCAGGGUAGUACGGACCCCGAACGCUUCGCCACUGUGUCUACUGGGAUUGGCGAUAGGGUGUUGUUUCACCAUGCCCCCCGUAGAAUCCGUCCUAGCGGCACGUAAGACACUAGGCAUCUUUAGUGACAUGGUUACAAACUAACAAGGCAGGCGAGUGGGCGACGCGUUAUUGUGCGUGUAGCGGCCGCGUCACCAAUAGCGCCGGCGGCCGGCAGAGAUGGCCGCGGAGGAGACCAAGGCCGAGCCGGCGCCGGGCCCGGCCGCGGCGCCGGGCGCGGAGCAGGAGGUCGUCGCGUUCGCGGGCGGCCUGCGGGGCCGGCGCGCCGCGCAGCUCGGGUGCGGCGCGGGCGUCGACUGCGUCUGCCUCGCGGCGGCGGGCUGCCGCCUCGUCGUCGGCGUCGACGCCGACGGCGCCGCGCUGGCCGAGGCGCGGCGGCGCGCGGCGCGGGCCGAGGUCGCCGACCGGUGCCUCUUCGUCGAGGCCGACCCGCUGGCCGUGGCCGCGGACGAGCUCCUCGAGCGCGCGGCGGCGUUCGAGCGCGCGCGCGGCCGGGGCGCCGCCGCCGCGUGGCGCUUCGACGCGGCGGUCGACCGGCGGGGCCUCGAGCGGCUCUGGGCGCGCGACGCCGACGGCGCCGCGCGCCUGCUGGCGGGCCUGCUCCGGCCGGGCGCCGAGGUCUUCUCGCUGAGCGGCAACGCGAACGAGUACCGGCCCUACGCCGACGGCGCGGCCAGCCUGACGUGCGCGGAGCUCUGCUCGUGCCUGCCGCCGCCGUGCUUCGAGCUGCGGAGCCUCCGCGAGUGCCGCUUCGACGGGCCGGCGGCGCUGGCGCCGCCGCCCCUGGCCUGGCGCGCCGUCUUCCGGCGGACGCCGGCGGCCUGGGCCGCGCCGGACCCGGGCGACGGCGACGACGACGGCGCCUCGGGGACGCCGACGGCCGCGUCGGCGCGCGCGUCGACGUCGGGCGGCGGCUCGCUGCGCAAGCUGCGCCGCGACGAGCCGCCGCGGCUGCUGCAGAAGCGGCGCGAGCGGCCCGUCGUCGCGCGGAAGGUGAGCCGCGUGCCGCUGCCGCUCGACGCGCGGCCGGCCGACUACGACUCGGACGCGAUCGACGCGGCGCUGUCCGUCGACGGGUCCGUCGCCCCGAGCGAGUGCGGGUCCGACGCGACGUCGGCGUUCGCGGGCGCCGACGGCUUCGAGAACAUCGCCGCGUCGCGGGCGGCGGCCGCCCGGGCGGAGCGCGCGCGCGCCGAGGGCGACGUGCCCUGGGUGCGCUGGUGGGACCGGCGGGCCCAGGCCUACGACCGCCUCGUCGCGUCGCAGCCGAUCCUCCAGGAGCUGUGCGACCGCGUGGCCCGGGCGGCGCUGCGCUGGGCGCCGGCGCCGGCGAACCCGCGGCAGCCGCUCGUGGCCGUGGACCUGGCGGCGGGCGCGGGCCACACGGCCUGGGCGCUCGCGCGGCACUGCCGGCGGCCCGUGCGCGCGGAGCUCGUGGAGCCGUCGCACGCCAUGGCGGCGCUCGCGCGCGCGCGCGGCGCGCGGCCGGGCCGCGGCGUCGCGACGGUGUGGCAGGUGCCCGUGGAGCGCUGCGCCGAGCGGCUGCCGGCGCGCCUGCGCGGCGCGGCGGACUGCGUCACGUGCCGCGGCGCGCUGUCGCAGAUCAACGAGCACGACGUGCUCGAGGCGGCGGCGGCGCUGCUCAAGCCGGGCGGCUGCCUCGUCCUCGACCUGGAGCACGGCGAGCCGGGCCGCGCGUGGGAGGACCACGUCCGGGACGCGCUCCGCGCGGCCGGCGUCGCCGCGCCGGCCGACGUCGCGCGCGUGCCCUCGCUGCCGCCGGCGCGGCCCGCGUGCUCGGCGUCCCAGCUCGCGGCGGCCGCCGCCGCCGCGGGCCUGCGGCUCGCCUCGUGCGACGCCUUCGACGACGCCGUGGGCGGCGACUUCUUCGUGGCCUCGCGGUCGGUGUCGUCGUCGUGGCUCGCGGAGGCCUUCGCCGGCGACGGCGACCGCGCCGCGGCGCGCGUCGCGCGCCGCGAGUGCAUCCUGGACGCGGCGCGGCGCGCGGCCGCGUCCGCGGGGGAGCUGCGGACCGCGCUCGUCGUGGUCCUCAAGCCCGACGCGCUCGCGGACGACGACUCGCCCGAGAACGGCGUCUCGGGCCUCGCGCCGCGGCCGGGGGACCACUUCUAACUAGCGGAUGUGACCUCGGGUAAUUGACAUUUU